AUGGAGCCCGAGAGGGACGGACCGACAACCACAGAAGUCGAGGACUUUAUCCGCGCCAACGACGUAGACUCGAGGGCUGCCGAGGACCUGAAGGACUGCGUGCCGGAGAUCCAGCGAAAGGUCCUCGCCCGCGGGGACCUUUCCACGGCCCGGAACCCGUCGGCGGCGCUCCUCGCGCGCAUCCGGGACGCCCGCGUCGAGGUGAGAGGCGGAGGUGGCGGCAACGACGCUCACCGAGCGGGAGGCAGCGUUGGCCUUCCCAGCACCAAGGACAUAGACGAUUACGUCACGUCCAGCGGCGUGGGCGAGCGCGCGGCGGAAGCUUUGCGGACCGCCUCCCCCACCGUGAAGCGCAUCGUCCUCGCCAGCGGCCCCAUCACCGGAGCCGCGGACCCGUCCGCGGUCCUGAUGGACCGCAUCGAGGGCGCGCGGAGCGGCAGAGGCGGCGGCAACGCAGAUGUCGAGGAUUUCAUCAAGGAUAACGAGCUUGAUGACAGGGCGGCCGCUGAUCUGAGGGACCUGGCGCCCGACCUGCAGAGGGUCGUGCUCGCGCGCGGGGACCUCAGGAGCGCGAGGACGCGCCCGGGGUGA